GUUAUAAACGAGCUGAGCCAAGUGAUGUCGUCAUUGUUUCGCGACACAACCGGAUAUUUGAUUGUUUCGAAAGCAAAGUGAAACCGAUAGAUCCGACAUGAAUACUCGAGGCCUCCAAUCUCAAAUGAAGGACAGCAUCCCAGUGGCAGGCUUGUGCCCACCAGGGGCUUAUGGAGUCCAGGACUGUCUACGUAGUGGCUUUUCCAGUGUAAAGAAUGAGGUCCUUCCCAGCCAUCCACUGGAGCUCUCAGAGAAGAAUUUCCAGUUGAACCAGGAGAAAAUGAAUUUGUCUACCCUCAGAAACAUCCAGGGCCUUCAUGCUCCGCUCAAACUGCAGAUGGAGUACAGAGCAGCUCGACAGAUCCAGCGGCUGCCAUUCUUACAGAGUUCUAACUUGGCUCUGGACACGCUGCGAGGCGGUGACGAGUCCGUCUCCUUUGAUGACAUCCUAAACGAUCCAACCCAAAGUGAAAUGAUGGGCGAGCCACACAUGAUGGUGGAGUACAAGCUGGGACUGUUGUGACUGAAGACAAACCUACACAUUUAAAUGAAUAUUUCUCUGCUCUCACUUGUUCAUUAUUUGAAAAAGAAGCGUCAGGUUGGGGAGGAUUGUGGUUACGGUGCAGUAGAUAUUUUUAUUGAUCUGCUGCUGAGACAUGUUUUCAGCUGCUUUUGUAAGAAUCCAGGCUGGUUGAUAUUUCUAAUAAACCUGAUAAG